AUGACCACCGCGUUCAACGUGAUCACCGUCUGCCUGACUUUGCUUGGCAAUGGCACAGUCAUCAUCGUCAUGCUAGCUAGACGUCAAGAAUUUAGUUCUUUCACCAAUCGUCUCAUCCUUCACCAGUCUACCAUCGACGCAAUUGCUGGCGUGGUCUUCUUUUUCCAUCGAUUAGUCAAGAGCUCAAAUCUCAAAGUUUCAGAAGAAAAUAAUUUCCUCGACCAUCUAGUCUGUCGUUGCUUUGACAAAGACACCCUGCUGUGGUGGGCGUACGUGGCGUCCACGUACAACCUCGUUUUCAUCUCGCUGGAGCGAUUCUUGGCGACCUGCCACCCGAUCAAGCACCGCAACAUGCUGAACGCGCGGAAGCUGAAGAUUGCCAUCGGUACCUCCUGGGCCCUCGGUUUUGCUUUUGCGUUGCCUACACUAUUCCAGAUGAAACCGUCCGGAGGCCGCUGCCAGCCUGUUGCCCUUGGGCGAGCUGUGCGUACUCUCGUGGGCUCGUUUUCAGUUCUGAACCAAUUCUUGGUGCCUGUAGGUGUCAUGAUUUUCGCGUACGGCCAUAUUUUCAUCAAACUCAAGACGGGGCAUGGUCAUCACUCGCGGGCUAACGCUGAACAGGACCGUCGAAGUCGGGCCAAGAAGAACGUACUCAUGACUGUGUUGAUGACCAGCGUCCUGUUCGUAGUCUGCUGGACACCAUCCGCGUGUGGCUACAUCAUUAUAACCAUAUCCGAUAGUACUGGCAGGGCCGCAUCCCAGUCAGUGUACCUAGCCGUCACUACGCUGACCGCUUGUAACAUGUUCGUAAACCCCAUAGUGUUGUUCCUCGUGUACAAACAUUUCCGAGAUCAGCUGAAAGAUCUUGUGUUGAAACGACUUCGACGCAACCAAGUGCACAGCGAGCAGGAUCCUCCUGGCACGGCCUUGUCUUCAAAACAAACGAAUUCAAUGGAAGCAGUGUAA